GUAACAGAAUGAAAGCGCCAGUAAGCUGCCUCGAGAAGCCGGAUUCACCGCAUUUUGCUGCUCGCGUCCGACGACGACGAUAUCACCAUGCUCGCCAGGACUUUUCUGAUCGUCGUUCUCGCGAAAUUGACCAGUGCGUGCAUCGAGGAAUUAUUAGACCGACCUGACGCCUCUGAAUAUGGAUACACGGGUUUUAAUGGUCCAGCGACGUGGGGAGAAAAGUUCAAAAUGUGCAAUGGCUACAGACAGUCUCCCGUGGAGCUAGACAAGGAGGAAUGCCACAAAAUGCGGUUCCCAAAAAUCAACUUUCUCGGGCACGCGGACGAGAGGGAUGGCGGCUUCCGCAUCCACAACACUUUCCAGUCGGUUUCAGUGGAAUUUUCGGGCGAGCAACCAGUGCUGCAGGGCGGGCCCCUUGGCAGCAAUUUCACGUUUUCGCAGAUGCACUUCCACUGGGGUCGUUACGGCGCUACAAAGGGCAGUGAGCACCAAAUUAAAGACCUUGAGCACGCAAUGGAAGCGCAUCUGGUGCAUUUCAACAGCAAAUACGCCGAUCUGCGCCAGGCAGCCGAACACUGGGACGGGCUCGCCAUAAUUUCCCUUUUGUUUACGGAGACGAAAGAAGACAGCGAAGAAUUGAGUCCAUUGGUGCGGCGCCUGAGGCGAAUUCGCCGCGGCGAUUCGUACGCGUUGGUUGAGAGCGGCGCGAUGACUUGGCUGGAAAAGUACUUGGACGGCAAGUACCUGACCUACUGGGGCUCGCUGACCACCCCGCCGUGCAACGAAGUCGUCACCUGGAUCGUGCUGGAGAACACGGUCGAAAUUGGCUGGCGUCAGAUCGAGCACUUUCGUAUGCUGUACGGUCACGAGGGAAAAUUAGAGGAGAACGUGCGGCCGUUCCAGCCGAUCGGCAAGCGUUACGUGUUCUGCCCUUCGGAGGAACAGGAGGAAGAGGAGGAGCCGGAAGUGAUAGAUGAGAAGAAGAAGGAAUCAUCGGAGGAGAGCAGCGAAGAGGUGGACAGCGAGGAGUCGAGCGAGGAGGAGGACGACGACCGCAAGCUGGCCAAGCCACGGCCACUGUGGCUGCCCAAAAAGCAACUGUACCAACCCUUCAGCUCGUACCGGAUCGUGUCGGGGUGAAGCGUGAAACAACCCUUCCGCGCAGCACACACAAAUGAGCAGAUCUCAAACCACGAUUUUCCACACAAGCACAGUUUUAAAGAAAAGCAGGAUUUACCAAAAAGUGCACACGGGGGGCUAGGACGUUUGAUUUUUAUUUCCCCUCUCUCCCUGUUAUUCAAAGUUACCU